UGUUCGGUUCCCACCAGCGUCUCGGCUCUUUCCCCUCUCUGAGCGCCAGCGCCGCCGCUGGCGCGCCCAGGCCGAAUCCGAGAUGGCUCCCGGAAGCUCGGGGCGGCACUCUAGCUGCUGCCACUGCGUCUCUAUAGCCAGGGAGGGACGCUCUAGCCGCAUCCUCCUUGAUUUUUGCGCAAUACCCCAUCACGGGAGACACUCCGGCAGCGGGUCCGAGUUUCUCUAUGGUCCCCGUGGGGGCGCACGCUGGCCGCUGCGCGGCGCCUCCACCUCCUUCUGGCUAGGCUCCGCCAGGGGACGCUCUAGCCAUGGCUUUAUCUGUUCCCGCACGGGGGGCGCUCUAGCCGGGACUCGGUGGCCAGGGAGGCCGGUUUUGCUGAGGCGAUGGAGCUGGCGCUGGGGCUGGAAUUCGAGGAUUCAAUGUUCGCGCAGAGCAGGGACAGGGGCCGGGGCGGCGGCGGCGCGGCCUACAGCGCCAAGCGCUGCGAGCCUCAGUGGUUUUGUGGGGAAGCAAACAGCGAGGACGAUGUAGAAAUUCUAACUGCCAAAAAAUUCAGAGCGGAUUUGGCAUACAGACAACAAGAGUUUCAGAAAGCCCUGUAUGAGUACUCAAGCUGCUUGCUGCUGUUACCUUCCAGUAACGUUGCAAUGAGAAGAGAUGUCCAAGAGGGCCAGGCUCGGUGUUUAGGUCACUUAGGAAGGCACAAGGAGGCUCUGGAUAUUGCAGAAAAACUGAGAAAUGGGGCAACUAACACAGAUCAUUUAACAACUGUCCUCAACCUGCAGUUUGCCAUUUACUGUCGCCUGAAAAAUAUGGAGAAAAAGAUCACAUGCCUACAGCAACUGAUUUCCUUACAUCCUUUUAACCCAUGGAACUGGAAGCUACUUGCUGAGGCUUAUAUGAACUUUUUACAGACUCUGCCUCCAUCAUUCAUUUCAGAAACGAAACUUGUUCAAUGCAAAGAUUGUACUGCAAAUGACCAAGUUUUCCAAACCUCACUAGGACUGUUUGGAAAAGAAACGAACCUUCAAUGUCACAAAACGCACCGCGGGAGAGAAGACGUUUGUUCAACAUGUUCUACAAAAACAAUCAGAGACAGCUCAGUAUCUUACAUCGAUAGCCACAUGGUAGAGGGUUCCCUCCAUAUCACAGAAGAAUGUGAAACACGGGACAAAAUGAAACAUGCUACCUUUGAGUUCUGGGGACAGGAAUCAUUGAAAGAUGUUUUGAUAAAGGCAUGUGCUUCCUUUGUUAGAACAAGGCUUUUACUUCAGAUUACACAGUUGCAACAGUCAUCCUUUGCUCUGGAGAAGAAUGUAAAGGUUCAGCAGGAAAUUGAAGACAAAGUAAAAGGUUUUGGUUUAAAGGAAGAAUCCUUGCUAUUGAUUACUGAGGUUAUGGGAGAGGAUCUCAUUCCAGAAAAACUGAAAGAGAAUGUUCAGGGGGAGAGAAAAUCUGUAGGCCCUUCAGCACUGACAUCCUUGGUAACUACAUCAGCUAUAGAAUUUGAAGGCAAAUGGUUCAAAAAGCUCCAAGACAGUUUGUCACUUUAACCGACAAUUCUGCCCAGAUACUUUAUGAUGGAAUAUAUAUAACUUACAGGCUAUUGUUGUAUUUAUUUUUUUAUCCUCUCUACCUCUAAUGAUGAUGGAAUAAAGUUCAUAUUACUUUAUUUUUAAAAUAACGUGAUUGUAUAUCUUUUAAGAACAUAUAUUGGCUGCAUUUAUAAUCAUCAGUCUCCUUGCAUACUUGUAGGCUUUUUCUUUCUGUGCUACAAAUUUCCAAUAGAAGUGACAGAUCUGGUUUAAAACUGGGCCACGGCAAGUGACAUUAUCAGCCUUCAAAGGCAUAUUGCAACACAAACAUCACAAAGUUUACUUCUUGGGCACACCUCACCUAUGAUUUCUUUGCAGCUCUGAUGUCCUUAGGGGAAUCUCACCACAAUAUCUAGCCUGAAAUUUAUUCAGUAUUUGGUUUUAUCUUGCUGUAUUUAGAGCUGUAGAAUUAGCAGUUUCUUAUUUUAAAAUCUGGUGGGUGUGUUUUUAAAAUUAGUAUUGCUUUAUAAGUAGAGAUAUUUCUACUAUUCAAAUUCAGUUAGCUGGGAACCUUAAUAUAUUAAGUUGUAUUCAGAACAUUUUCAAGAAGGAGCAACUCUGUGACUUUCGAAAAAUGUAAUGCUAAAAUGUCCAUUCUAGUCUGCACAGUGAGUCUCUCUUCAAGGCUAAUGGGUUCUCUGUGCAAGUGUAGAACUCACUAUACAUCCCCACUUUUGCUUGUGCAGAGGGCUCAGAGUAAUAAGUUUCUGAGGCUAUACAUACUGGAGAGAACUUAGUCCGAUUGUACCCUUUGUGAAAUUGUGCAAGAGAAAAAUGCAUUGUUCAUCCUACUGCAAACCAGUUCUCUCAUCUGUACAUAUUUUUCACGUUAUACCUUCAAUUUAUAAUGAAUCCAGACACCUGUUUGCUGUAGGUUUUUAAAAGCAGUGAAAUUACAUGGUUUGGACUUGUUCUGCGCUUUGUAAAAGGCAGCGAUCUUUGUUUGGUUUUCUCUGUUCAACAUAGUUUGCAUUCCAGGCAACCAAGGUGUGCUCUUAAUUUUUAAAAAAAAAUUAUUCCCUACUCCUCCUCAAACAUGAAAUGUAUUCUGUUCUCAUUAAUGUUUCAUUAACUGUUACCAAAUCAAAAUAUACUCUUUCAGCAUGA